GUAAUUCAAUUUUGAAUUAAAAUUAAAAUUUAAGUACCUUUCAAAAACUGGUCAUAUCAUAUGUAACAUUAUUUGCAUAUAGACUUUUAGAAACGCACACAUAAAUAAAUAAAUAAUGGUUAACUCGCAAUUAUUAACAAAUGACAAGAGCUAAACGUACCUCUCCCGUGUCUUAAAAGCGUACAAACUCCAUCAUUCAAAUUUCCCCAAAUUUCGAUCUCUCCGCCAAACCCAAUCCUUCUUUUCAAACGUUUCUCUUUCUUGUGACUCUCAGCUAACUCCCCAUCUUUCUGUAUGAUAUAUUAUGAACUCAUUUAAUUAUUCGAUUCUAAUCACAUCCUCACUCCGGAUCAUCACUUUUAAGAACCCUACUUUUUAUAUAUUACUGCCCAUCUGAUUUUUCUAUUUUUCGCCUAUUGCACAUGGCCACCUCCGCCUUCAAGUCCACCACCAAGAGGACGCCCCUUGCGACUUCACAAAGCUCCGCCACCGAUGACUCCUCUUCAUUAACCAAUCGGAGUUCCGCGGCUCACCGUCGUUCCAGAAGCCUCAGUCGAUUCUCGCGGCGACUGCCGGGCCAAGACUUCUUUCCGGAUGAGGCUCCCAAAGGGAGGUUUGUGAAUACUGUAAGAGGAUCGGGAUUCCCUGAGAUCAGCCUUGAUGACCUCGCGGUUGAGUUUUUUGACUCUUCUGGUGAUAGAGGAAGGUCGUCUGCUAGAAACGAUAACGUCAGACCUAAUGACAGUAGAGUUGGUGGUGGUGGUGGAGGGACUGCUAGACGAGGGAGGUCGGUGUCCAGACAGGGGGCGAAGGGCACUGGUGGUAAUUUUUCAGGUGGAGGAAGUAAUAAUAAUGCGAGGAGGAGAAGGUCGGUGUCUGUGGUUCGUUAUCAGAUUAGCGAUUCUGAGAGUGAUCUGGACCAUUCUCAGAGUUCAAGCAACCGUGGUAGUCUGAAGAGUAACAUCAGUGUAAACAGUCAGAUGCCCUCAUCGCAUAGGUCCACUGCUUCAAAUCAUAGACCCAUGCUUAGAAGAUCUGUUAGCCAAAGAGAUUUAAAGUACCAUGAUGGCUAUUCUAGCCAAUCUUCGGCCCUAACUGAUGAUGAAAGGAGGGAUGCUCAAUGCAAUAAAAAUGGAAUCGAGAAGAUAAUACAAGCAGUUUAUGCGCAGAAUAAGGUAGAGCAUCCAACUGGGGAUGAUUCGAAUAGUGGAUUGUAUGAUGCAAUGAGGAAAGAACUUAGACAUGCUGUGGAAGAGAUUAGGAUGGAAAUUGAACAAGCAGCGGUCAAAACAAAAACCUCCCCUUUACCAAAUGAUAAUGGUUUGCAGUCCAAAAAUUUUGAUGCUCUUCAGUCUGUUUCUACAGUCAGAAGGAAUUAUGCAACAAAAUUAGAACAGUCAGAGAAGCGUAAACAAGAUCUAUUAGCUGAAAUUUUGCUGGAGGAGCAACGUAGUAGGGAGCUUUCUAAGAUUGUCCAGGAAUUGCUUCCUGAAUCAAAGAAUUCUGUUGUUGAAAAACCAAUACGAGCCAGAAAGAGGAGUAAUGACAGCAAUAGGAUGUCUAAGCGAUUGACUGAGGAGGCAGAGAAAUAUAUUGAGGACUUCAUUUCAAACGUUGAAGAUACGGAUAUUUCAUCUAUAGAUGGAGAAAGGAGUGAUACCAGUUCAACUCUUGGAGGAGUAACAAAGACAGAAACUUUUCAGAGUCCAGCAAUAUUUAAGCCUCUUCCUGUUCAAAUGGACGGGGUUGUAUUGCCUUGGUUGCAGUGGGAAACUACUAAUGAUGCUUCUACUCAGUCUUGCAAGACCAAGACACAACCUCAAUCAACUCCAAAAACUAAAUUUUGGGAUUCGUCUCAGGAACCUACCUCUGCACAAGACUUAAGUUAUCAUUCUGCUAGCAGCCAUGGGAGUUGGAGCCCUGGAAUUAUUGAUGGCUAUUCAAUGAAGUUUGGAGAAGAUAAAGGGAUUCAAAACCAAAAAACAAGGUCGUGUAUUGAUGUGGAGGAGUAUCUUAAAUUUCAAAAAGAUGAAGAUCUUCUCUUUGAAAUGUUGAGGCAACAACAGAGAAUUAGUUCAGGCGGUCUUCUACUUUGUAACCAAAUGUUUCUCUAGCAACCAUAUAUUUUUUCAAAUUUGGUUUCCGAAUCCACAAAUUACUGUAUCACUCUGUAUAGAUAGUUAGAUUUUAGUGUUUCUCAAGUUCAAGUA